AUGGCCUUAUCGGUACAGGUCUUCCUUCACCCAAUUCCCCCCAUCCGAUUCCCCCCUUACACCCCCCCCCCCCCACCCGAUUUCCCCCACCCGAUUCCCCCACCCGACUCCCCACACCCGAUUCCCCCACCCGAUUCCCCACACCCCUCACCCGCCUUCCCCUCAACCGCCUUCCCCUCACCCGCCUUCCCCUCAUCCGCCUUUUCCCCUCAUCUGCCUUCCCCCACCAUCCGCCUUCCCCUCAUCCGCCUUUCCCCCUCAUCUGCCUUCCCCCACCAUCCGCCUUCCCCUCAUCCGCUGUCCCCCCACCCACCCCCUUCCCCCUCUCGCUUGCCCAGCCAUCUGGUUCGCGGCAUGGGUGCUGUGUGGUUUAGUAGGAGCAGUAUCUCCUCUCAUUCUUCUUUUCUUCUUCCUCGCCCUCCCCUCGUUCUCUUCUCUCAUUCAAUUUUCUCUCUCCCUUCGCUCUCCGUUUGUUCUCCUGAUCAGCUCUUCCUUCUCCCUCCCCUCUCUUCCCUCGCUCCCUCCCCUCUCUUCCCUCGCUCCCUCCCCUCUCUUUCCUCGCUCCCUCCCCUCUCUUCCCUCGCUCCCUCACCUCUCUUUCCUCGCUCCCUCCCCUCUCUUCCCUCGCUCCCUCCCCUCUCUUCCCUCGCUCCCUCCCCUCUCUCGCCCCUCUCCCUCACCCAGUGCCCUGGUUCACAGUGCUGGUGGCGGCGUGGGUGCUGUGUUCUCUGGCCGUGGCUGCUCUGCCUGAUCAGCUCUCGCUUCUCAUUCUGCCCUCUCUCGCCUCUCUCUCCACCUCUCUCCCCCUCUCUCGCCCUCUCUCCCCCUCUCUCGCCCUCUCUCCCCCUCUCUCCCCCUCUCUCCCCCUCUCUCGCCCUCUCUCCCCCUCUCUCGCCCUCUCUCCCCCUCUCUCCCCCUCUCUCGCCCUCUCUCCCUCUCUCUCCCCCUCUCUCCCCCUCUCUCCCCCUCUCUCGCCCUCUCUCCCCCUCUCUCCCCCUCUCUCGCCCUCUCUCCCCCUCUCUCCCCCUCUCUCGCCCUCUCUCCCCCUCUAUCCCCCUCUCUCCCCAUCUCUCCCCCUCUCUCGCCCCUCUCUCCCCCUCUCACCCUUCUGAUUCUGCCCCCUCUCCCCCUCUCACCCUCUCCUCCUCUUUCGCCCCUCUUUCGCCCCUCUCUCACCUCUCUCUCGCCCCUCUCUCCCCCUCUCUCCCCUUCUCUCCCCCUCUCUCCCCCUCUCUCCCCCUCUCUCACCCCUCUUUCGCCCUCUCUCGCCCCUCCCUCGGCUCCCUCUCACCUCUCUCUCGCCCCUCUCUCUCUCGCCCCUCUCUCGCUCGCCCCUCUCCCUUGCCCAGCGCCCUCGCGCACAGUGCUCGUCGCAGCAUGGGUGCUCGCCCUGGUUCACAGUGCUGGUGGCGGCGUGGGUGCUGUGUUCUCUGGCCGUGGCUGCUCUGCCUGAUCAGCUCUCGCUUCUCAUUCUGCCCUCUCUCGCCUCUCUCUCCACCUCUCUCCCCCUCUCUCGCCCUCUCUCCCCCUCUCUCGCCCUCUCUCCCCCUCUCUCCCCCUCUCUCCCCCUCUCUCGCCCUCUCUCCCCCUCUCUCGCCCUCUCUCCCCCUCUCUCCCCCUCUCUCGCCCUCUCUCCCUCUCUCUCCCCCUCUCUCCCCCUCUCUCCCCCUCUCUCGCCCUCUCUCCCCCUCUCUCCCCCUCUCUCGCCCUCUCUCCCCCUCUCUCCCCCUCUCUCGCCCUCUCUCCCCCUCUAUCCCCCUCUCUCCCCAUCUCUCCCCCUCUCUCGCCCCUCUCUCCCCCUCUCACCCUUCUGAUUCUGCCCCCUCUCCCCCUCUCACCCUCUCCUCCUCUUUCGCCCCUCUUUCGCCCCUCUCUCACCUCUCUCUCGCCCCUCUCUCCCCCUCUCUCCCCUUCUCUCCCCCUCUCUCCCCCUCUCUCCCCCUCUCUCACCCCUCUUUCGCCCUCUCUCGCCCCUCCCUCGGCUCCCUCUCACCUCUCUCUCGCCCCUCUCUCUCUCGCCCCUCUCUCGCUCGCCCCUCUCCCUUGCCCAGCGCCCUCGCGCACAGUGCUCGUCGCAGCAUGGGUGCUCGCCCUGUGCUGGUGGCGGCGUGGGUGCUGUGUGGGCUGGGCGUCUCAGGGCGGCUGCUCUACUCGAAGCAUUCCCAAUACGAGAGCCGCAGGGAGGAGGCGCUGGGCGUGUGGUGCAAGGAGCGCGCCCUCAUGCUGCAGCAGCUCGUGCUCACCCAUGUGGGGCAGAUGCAGACACUCACAGGCAUCAUCUCAGUGAUGGGCAAGCCGGGACAGCGGGGCAAGUGGGGGCUGGACACGUGUUUAAACGGCAGCACGUGGGAGGCGUACCUCACUCACACCGCCUAUGCCCGCCCGGGCAACACGGGGGCGACCGCGUGUGUCUUUGUCACGGACGAGGAGAGGUGA